AUGCUCAUCCAUCCUGAUAAAACGAAGAACCCACAGGCCCCGGAUGCAUUCGACCGUCUGAAGAAAGCCCAGACGGAACUCAUGGACGAGAAGCACCGGGAGAGGCUAGACGAAGCCAUUGCCGACGCGCGAAUGCUCCUCAUCCGCGAAAACAAAUGGACAGUGGACAGCCCCGAGCUAAAGACCGACGACUUCGCCAAGAAGUGGCGCGAAAAGUCCAAAGAGGUCUUGAUUGAUAACGAGCACCGUCGCCGGCGGCAGAUGAGGGCGCAAAUGCAAGAGGAAGGUCGCGAGCAGCGUAAGCAGGACGCCGAGUUGGAAGAGAGGAAGCGCAAGAGGCAGCAUGAACAGGACUGGGAGUCGACAAGAGACGAGCGCAUCAGUAGCUGGAGAACUUUUCAGAAGGGCAAGACUGGGGGAGAUGGGGAGAAGAAGAAGAAGAAAAAGCUAAAGCCUAUAGGUUGA